AUGGAGUUACUCCUUCUUGUGCCCAUACUCUGCGUUAUUCUGAUACCUGGUUCCUUCAUUUCGUGCGCCAUAUGCCAGAAGUAUAAGAAAAAACCUCAAGCAAGCGAUGUGGAAAUAGGCAGUGGGGCCAGCGGAUUACGAGACGGGAAUUUGGUUGUGUUGGCCGGCGCCGGAGCAGCUGCCAUCGCCGGUGGUGCAGCGGUAGCGGCAGUGGUUGGUAGCAGUGAUAGGGACAAAGGUAAUAAUAAUAACACUAGUGGUGGUGCUGCUGCUGCAGCAACUGGAACCAGCACUACUGCAGAUGCUGGUACAUCGUCGUCCCAGGGUUGUUGUUGCGGUGGUGGUGGUGAUGGCAGUGGUUGUGGUGGUGGUGGUUGCGGUGGUUGUGGUGGAUGUGGCGAGAAGCAGAAUAAGGAGGAGGAAGGGGCAGAUGUGGGAAUUGGUGCGACAACGAAUCAUAGCGGAGGAUUAAAAGAUGGAAAUAUGAUUGUUUUAGCUGUCGCUGGUGGUGCAGCGGCAGCCACAGCGGUUAAUAGCAAUAGUGGUGGUUGUGGAGAAGCUGCAGCAGGAAUCAGCACUACUGCAGAUGCUGGUACGUACCAGGGAUGUUGUUGCGGUGACGGUGGUGGUGAUGGUGGCGGUUGUGGUGGUUGCGGUGGAUGUGGCAGAUAA